AACUGUCAAUGUCACACGUCAAAUAAGGAGUUUUGUUAGUGCUGGUUUUUACUGAUUACAAUUAACAAUUACAAUAAAAUGCCGUUGCCGCCUGCUUUAGCGGCUCGUCUUGCCAAAAGAGGCAUAAUAAAAACUCCAAUUGCAGAUGCAAUCAAUAAUUCAGGUGCAGUUCAAGCCAGCGAAGAAAUUAUAGCUGAAGACUAUGAUAAUAAGCCUGAUGACCACAAUGCUAAAGAACAUUACUGGGCAGGUAUAGAAGGCGUGAACGUAGAUCCUAUUAAAGGCCACCGCGGUUGUCCAAACAAAAGCAACAUUUAUCACGAAUGUUCUAAAUUUUGUGUAAAAACUUGGAAAAAAGGGAAAUUGGUACCAAAUGAAAAAUAUUUAGAAAAUAAAAGGAAAGCUCUGGAACUGUGGCCGCUUCCUCCUGGAUGGGAAGAGGUGUAUGAUGAGGGUAGUGGCCAACAUUACUUUUGGAAUGUUCACAACAACCUUGUAAGUUGGUUACCCCCUGCUCACCCACAGGCAGUUCCUACUGAGAGCGCUGCUCAUCUACGAGAAGAAAGGGUCCUGAAGGAAGGUGAUGAGAGUGAUGACAGUAGUGAGGUGUCCGAUCAAGAGGUACCUCAGCAAAAUGUACAUGUCAAGGAAAAGCGUCAUGAACGACGAGAAAAGAGAGACAUGGUUCAUCACAGGGAUAAGAAGAGGCAACGGGUGAGAGAUAAUGAUUUAGAUCCAAUGGAUCCUGCUUCAUACUCUGAUAUACCAAGGGGAAAUUGGACCUCUGGGUUAGACUCUCAUGCUAAAACUGGAGUGGAUACUACAGCAUCAGGGUCAUUGUAUCAAAUGAGACCAUACCCUGCACCUGGGGCUAUUUUGGCAGCAAAUGCUAAAAAGCACUCACCAUCACCAUCUCCCUAGUCCGUAAGUUGUCUGUAUUGUAAGGAACAUUAUGAAUAAAUAAUUUUGGUAUCCUUACCUCUUGAUUGAAUUUUACUUGGAAUAAUUAUGUUAAUAACCUUGAUUUUUUUAACUUUAACAUGUUAGCAACAUUACCUGCUUUCUCAUACAAGUGAAUCAUACUAAAAAAAUACAUUUUGUACCAAUGUUUAAUUGGAGUAUUAGUAUGUCCAACAUUUUGACUGUUUUACAAACAAAAUGAUAUCUUAGGUCUAUUUUAAUAACUUUAAAUGGAUAUGGA